AUGUCGGGCAGUGUUAGAUGGCUUGCUCCGAGUGGGAGGAAUAUGGAGGGAAUUCUUUGCAUGUGCGGGGUGUUUGUCUUGUUUCCAUUGCUUGCCUAUGCAAUUGGCGUAAUAGGGCUUAUUGCUCUUUAUUUUCUCAUAAUAGGAUGCAUCAUACUUCUCUACGUGGCUCAGCUGGUUCUCAGUCGGUCUGCGCGCCUCUCAAAGACACAAGGGGUUGACACCAAGGCCCCUUUUUCCUUGAAAGGACGACAUGUUCUGAUAACCGGCGGUUCUAAGGGAAUCGGAUACGCCAUAGCUACUGAGGCAGUAAAGAAAGGAGCAAAGCUGGUUACACUGGUUGCUCGCGAUGCUGAUGCACUUCGAGAAGCACAGGACAACUGCGUGGACAUCGCAGACAAACUUGGAUUAGGCGUAACCGUGCAAACCAUCACGGCGGAUUUGGUGGACCCCACAGCGUGCAUUGAAUGCCUUGAUCGCGCAGUUGCCUUGAAGCUGACCGAAAUCCUGGAGGAAACCUCUAAAAUCAAGCAGCCGCAGGAGGUCGCGGAACAACUUGUUGAUCACUUACAAGCAGGUCAUCGCAUCAUUACUGUGGACUUUGAAGGCUGGAUUUGUGCGCGCUUAAAUGCGGGAUUCUCUAGGGGUGCGCGCGACAUUCACUGA